UCCCGAUUAGUGAAAUGGGAUCAUUUUCCCACGGCCCACUAGUGUGCCACGAACCAGUGGUUGGGAAUCACUGGUCCAAAGGUGUCACUGUGGAGCAGCAGCACAGAUCAGUAUGAAAUAUUUAUAUUUCACUGCACUUUUAUCAAAUGAAAUAUUAAAAUUUGAAUUAUUGACGCUGCCCCUGUUACUUUGACAGACGGUGGACCGGGACACGACUCUGAGGACGACCUUCUCACGGUCAACAUUAUCAGACAAAACCAGGUCAAAACCUGCAGCAAUGACCUACGUCUACGUCCAGCAGGAUUCUCCGUCAGCUCCUUCAUGAUCCAGGACAGAGGAGGAGGAGGAGGAGGACAAGGACCGCGGUCCAUCCCUGAGCCACGGGUAGAGACAACCAGCCAUUCAGUGUUAGCAUCUCUAAUUCAUUCAUGAAUUAACCUAACGUUACACCUCAGUAAUUCCUGGCACAACAUUUUGGGAAUCACUUCAGAAGUCAAUGUUUAAUGAAUGAAUGAAAUUCAUCAUUUUAAACUAAAUGACAUGUUUUAGUUUUUGAUGUUUCAGCUCUUCUUUAAUGACGGUUCGCAUAUAUUUAAGAACCAGUUUGACCCAGUCUGGGCCUGGGGUAAUAAGACCUUAUCACCCCGGCCACAGGCAGACAUAAACCCUUCCCCUCAAGUCCUUCAUUAGUCCCUCCAGCUCAGACAGAGGGGAUGGGUGAGGUCGGCGCGUCGCCGCAAUGAAUCAAGGGGGAUGGGACAGCGUUGAGGCUCAGCAUCCCCUGACCGACCAAUCAGAGCUGAGAUUAAAUUUUCAGUAGGGCGGGGUGACUCUCCACCUUCUCCCUGAGCUGUCCUCGGUGGGCUUCACUGCUGCUGCUGCUGCUGCUGCUGCUGCUGACAGCUGUGGAGCAGCACACAGACAGAGGGACCUGGACACCAUGCCGCUCCAAGGAAACCGUGCAGCAUCACAUGGAAUGGGCUGCAGCCCGGCCCGGUGUAGCCCAGGACUGCCGUCGUAAAUCGAGGACUGUCGAAAAUCACCGGGAACAUUUUUAAAGCAGAACUGUUUGUCUGUUCCCUGCAGGAAAUCUUGGAUUUUUUAUUUUUUUAUUUUUUAUUUUAAAUAUACUUCCAGUCGGACAUGCACCGCGCGUACUCGUUCCCGGUGACUGUGGAGCGCGGUCGGACCAAGGAGCGGCUGGAGGCGAGUCUGGCCGGACUGUGUGAGCUGGAGCUGCGGAAGCAGAGGCAGGAGUGCCUGGUGCUGGGAGCUCUGUCUCUGGGAGAACCUCUGGACCAGGACCGGUCCAGACCCGGAGACCUGGCGUGUUUCAGCAGCUGGGGUCAGGAGAACCUGACUCUGAGGCGACAGCUGAGUGCCCUCCAGAGUUCCCCUUGGGGCCUGAUGCAGGCGCUGGAGCAGCAGGUCGGAGAGCUGAGGGUGGACGCCGCCGACGGCUGCUGUGACGGAGCGCAGACAGACGGGGGCGACAGCCGACCCAGCUCUGGUUUCUACGAGUCCAGCGAGGGUCACUCACCCAGAGGACAGUCUGGUCCCCCUGAGUCCACAGAGACGGUCUCCUCCUGGACCUGGACCUGGACCAGUGACAGGCCCAAGUCUGUGGGAGAUUCCGUUCUGUUGAACGGAGACGCUGACGUAGCGGCUCUGCACGCCAGCCUCCCGCGUUCUUUCUCUGCACCUUACCCCCCCCUGCAGGACAUCGCUGAGGAGACGGCGGCAGUGGAGCGGUGGCAGGACGGCUUCAGCGGAGCAUCCCAGGACUGGCCGCCCACAGAGGAGCAGGUGACGGAGGAGGAGUACCAGCAGGCUCUGAGGGUGGAGAGCUACAUCCUCAGGCUGAUCCAGCGUCACGUUCUCCCCCCACGUCCUUGUCAGCCCCGAACCACCCUGAGCCCCGAGCCCCCGUACUGCAGCGCCCCUGGACACAGCUCUCUUCACAGGCGGACGUCCUCUCUCACCGCGGAGCAACGCCUUCCUGACCCCCAUCUUCAAGCCCACGUUGACCUUUCAGACCCAAAGAGCCACGGUUGGAGCAGUGACCCACCGGAGAGGGAGGACUGUGGAGGGGAGGGGCCGUCUUUGGAGGAGGACUGUUAUUUGGCCCUGCCCUACCCCCAGUCCAGGCCACACUCCCUGGUUGGGAGACUACCAUCACCUCUGCCCUCUCACGACCCUAACGCUCUUGACCUUUGUUGUGAACCCGCGUCCCCCCAUCAUUAUCUCCCUCCCCACCCCCCGUCUCACCACAAGCACAAUUUUGUAAAUGCUCAGUUUAUCCCUGGACAGGCCUGCGUCGGCCACGUUUGCUCCCCCAGAAUCCACCACCCAGCAGCGCCCUCUCCUGAUCGCCUCACCUCCGGUCAAACCAAGGCCAAAACCUCCAGAAAAGGCAGCAGCGAGAGACAAAGAUCUAAGAAAUCCAGCAGUAAAACCAAUCGGUCCCAGUCUGAGAACAGCCUCCUGACCCAGCGAGCGCUGCCGCAGCGCAGGUACAGCACCACGGAGAGGCACCAAGGCAGACACAACCACGGCCACGUCCCUGGACCCCAGGGGGGCAACACCGGCCACGGUGUGUGCCAACGCUGGUGUUCCACCCAGGAACUCAGCCAAGAUGAAGGGGAGGCCCAGAGACGACCGGCUCGUAAAGCUCGCCAAGGUCACUUACAGUCUCAGGCCCAAAACUACCAACAACGGGAGCCACAAAACACCGAGCACUGGCCCACAGACCACCAGGAGAGGGCGCCCCUCUGUCAGGGAGAGGAAGCCUACGGCGGAGCUGCCCCCGCUGAGUCCGAGUCCAGCAUGAGCGAAGUGUAUUCCCCGGCCUCCAGCUCCCUGUCCAGUGACUCUGAUGAGAGUGGGGGGCUGGUGUGGCCGCAGCAGCUGCCGCCGCGCCUCGCUUCGGUCUCAUCCUCGCCGUCAUCACAGGCGGCAGGAAACGCUCCGUCACAGACCAAAGCCUUCGUCAAGAUCAAAGCCUCUCACGCUCUGAAGAAGAAAAUUCUCCGAUUCCGCUCAGGGUCCCUCAAGGUCAUGACCACGGUCUGAGGACUGACCUUUGACCUCCAACUUCGCUGCAGUGUAAAGCCAUCUCCAGAUCCACGUUGUGGAUUAACUCACCUCAUCCUCCUGUUUAAUCGACCUACCUCUGUUAACGAGACGUGUCCUCCGUCACAGACGUCCUCAGUCUGUGGUUGGGUCAUAACUGACGACUGUCAGUUAUUUCAGGAGUAGAACCAGGGAGGUUCUAUUUCAUGUGAUUUACACUGUGUUAAUACAGGAAUACAGAUAACCGUCAAACAGGAAGAGACACACGGUUACAGCCGUUGGCAUUUUUGGGGAAGUUUGUAGAGUUUGUUUGUCAAAUGACGCAGUUUUAAAAAGAUUCGUUUUUACAGAAACAAUUCAUUUUUAAGUAGAUAUUUUUGGGAUAUGUUUAUUUUGUAAACAAUCAUCGUACCUGUGUUUUGAUCACAGGGACUAGAUUCUUAUUCAAAAACAACAAGAAAUUGCAAAGCCAUAAAGCAGUAAAAAUCUGUUUUUUUUUUUACUUCUAUUCUGUCGCAGGCACCUGUUCCAUAAUAAAAACUUGGAUUCCUUUGUUUGUUCCUACAGAUAAAUUACAUUUUUGUUAUUCUCUGAGCAGCAAAUAUAAACAUUUCCAGUCAAUUUUUCACAGAUUCUGCUUUUGGAAACAGACAAUGUAAAUUACUAUAAUAUCAGGAUGGGAAAUAUCACAGUAUCACUACACAAUAUGCAUGUACUAUGUUUAAAAUGCACAAAAUCCUGAGAAUCACUUACUCUUGUAAAUAUGUUGUUUUUUUUUGUAUUUGCCGUCACGUGGCCUUGUUUACUGAAUGUAGUUUUUAAAUAAAUCCACUUCUGUUCUUACCGACAUGUCACCGACAUACCAUGUUCCGAGGACGUUUUAAAAAAUAAAUAUCAAAGUUAAAAUAAAUUCUACAAUCCUGGUAAAAUAAUCUUUUUAAAAAUUGAUUCAAGUUUAUACAGUAAUCUAUAAAUUUGUGUUUAUCUAAACAAUGAGAUUCUGUGACAAGAGCCAUCGUCGAUUCAGCGUCUUUUGGCUAUAGCUCCCUCUUGUGGUCAAUAUAAUAAAAUGCUACAACUUACCGCAUCUUCAUCCAGUAUUUAGUGGUUAAAAUAUACAUAAAUUAACAUGUAUAUAUUAAUAAUUUAUCUUUAAACGUUAACAUAUUGCCAUAUUACAUUCAUUUCGAAUACAGUUUACAACUGAACUCUGUCGUUAGGGGCACUCGAGUGAGGAAAAAUAGAUUUCACAACGUAAACGAGUCCAUAGUUCCGUAUUUCUGUGCAACUAAAAAUACAUCCCGUGUCGACACUGCUGACAAAACAACACAGGAACGAUUUACAACCAAUCAAGUGAACAAACGGAUACUUCUGGUUUUAUUAACACUUUUAUCUCCUUAAAACUCUUUGUAUUGAAAUCGUAAAAGAAUGAUACACUUGAAUUAGCAAACAUUCACAUUUACACAUUACACAUAGAAAUAUAUUUUUAUAUUGUAUAUUUUAUACCCCUCAUUGUCAAGACAACUGAGAUAAUCCGUAAGUUUUUUUCUUUAUUAUUUAUUAUACAAAAAUAUUAAUAUUUCAAACUUUGAAAGACUGAGAUUCGGCUCCUUCAGUUAAACUCAGAGUGGGCAGUUUUUGAGCUGUUUUUAAGCUGUG